AUGGAUAGACCAACCUCACCGGAGCCUGAUGGGCCAAAGCCAAUUCGCCGUCUCCAGGAGUCACUCAUUAAUCGAAUAGCAGCUGGAGAGAUUAUUCACAGACCUUCUUCUGCGCUGAAAGAGCUACUUGAAAAUAGCCUUGAUGCUGGAUCGACUUCAAUACGUGUAACAGUCAAGGAUGGCGGAUUAAAGCUUUUGCAAAUUCAAGACAACGGAUGCGGCAUACGGAAAUCAGACCUCGCGAUACUAGCAGAACGAUUCACAACCUCCAAACUUUCUACCUUUUCCGAUUUGUCGUCUCUUCGGACAUACGGUUUUCGUGGAGAAGCACUAGCAUCCAUUUCGCAUGUCUCACAACUGUCUGUCGUGACAAAGACAAAGACAGAUAGCUGUGCAUAUAAAGCGCAUUAUCUUGACGGACAUCUUGUUCCUCCAAAGCCUGGCCAGAGUGCAGAUCCAAAACCAUGCGCUGGAAAUGAUGGUACCACCAUAACCGCAGAAAACCUCUUCUAUAAUACACCCGCUCGUCUUGCAGCACUGCGAAGUUCAUCAGAGGAAUACGCGCGAAUACUUGAUGUCGUUACGAGAUAUGCUGUUCAUAAUCCGAGCGUUGCCUUUGUCUGCAAAAAGGCUGGCUCCGCAGGACCAGAUCUCUCAACUCCUUCAAAAUCAACAACGAAACAGGCAAUUCGCCUUCUCUAUGGCCAAACGAUCGCCCGUGAACUCCUGAGCAUAAAGUUCUCGUCCAAGUCUCCAGACCACACAACCACAUCAGAAGAAGAAGAAGCAAUGGACAUCGAUGACACCGACAUCAUCGAAGGAGAAGGUAGCUGGAAGGGUGAGGCACUGUUUACCAGUGCGAACUAUCACUCGAAGAAGAUGGUCUUCCUGCUAUUUAUCAAUCAUCGACUUGUUGAGUCCACACGUAUUAAGAGGGCUGUUGAAGGCGUUUAUAGUACAAUUCUUCCGAAGGGAACCUCCCCAUUUGUCUACCUUAGCCUUGAGAUCGAUCCACGUGCUGUUGACGUUAAUGUGCACCCAACGAAACGCGAAGUCCACUUCCUCGAUGAGGAGGCAAUCAUAACGCGUGUUUCCGACGAGAUUCAGCAAGCUUUGGCAGGGCAAGGACGGUCAAGAGUACUUGAAUACCAGACGCAGACUCUUUUAACUGGAGGUACAUUAGAAGCAAGUCAAAGAGACAAGAAGGAUAAAGGCAAAGCAUCAUCUCAAGGAACCAACGAUGUCGAAGACGAUGGCGAUCACGCAGCUCCCAGCGUGACGACCGCCAAGCAAAAGGCCGUGUACUCCAAGGAUAAAGUUCGCGUAUCACAGGCAGAUAGGAAGCUCGAUUCCAUGUUCCCCUUAAUCAACCCAACAACGCAAGCACCCUCAACCUCGGAACGUGGGGGAGACAAGCGCAAAGAGACUGGUUCACCCGCGGAGUCUCAAACGCCUCCCGUAAGGGCUGCACGUGUGCAAGAGAUUAAAGAGAGCCAAUGUUUCCUGACGUCAGUAAAGGGACUCCGGUCGGACGUUGAGAAAGCCCGUCAUAAUUUCUUAACCGAGAUCAUACAAAACCAUGUGUUUGUCGGGAUCGUCGACCUCCGACGGUCCCUUUCACUAAUUCAGCACGAGACUAAGCUAUAUUUAUUGAACCAUGCUGCACUUGCAGAAGAGCUAUUCUACCAAUUGGGCCUACGCCAAUUUGGUAAUUACUCGCGCAUGAAACUCGAACCGCCACCUCCAAUCCGACAUCUAGUUCAACUUGCGGUACGUACAGAGAACGAACGAUGGAAGGCCACUGGUCUAGAUAUCGAAGCAGAUGAAGUCGUUGAUCGCAUCGUUACAAAAUUAAUCAAGAAUGCCGCAAUGCUAAACGAAUAUUUUUCAAUGAACAUUACACCUGAAGGAACCCUAACUAGCCUACCUCUCCUUUUACGCGGAUAUACACCAGAUCUUGCUCGUCUCCCACUCUUCCUUAUGCGACUCGGACCUCAAGUCUGCUGGACGCAAGAACGUGAAUGCUUUGGCUCAUUUCUUCGCGAACUAGCAUAUUUCUACAGCCCGGGAGACCUCGCAACUUCUACGUUGGGGGAGGGAUCCGAGAAAGCGGGUGAGGAUGAUGCAACAAAGAAGGCAGAGCGCUGGCAGGUCGAGCAUGUGUUGUUCCCUACUAUGCGAAAGUAUUUACUCCCACCACGUACCUUAUUAGACCGAGAUGUCCUGCAAGUAGCAAGCUUGCCGGAUCUGUACCGUGUUUUUGAACGGUGUUGA